AUGUCUCUGGAGGAAGAGGAUGUGCCGGUGGACCUCCCUGACCUGCCGCAAUUCAGUGCAGUGGAGAGUAAUAAGUUGAGUAUUAUUGGGAGAACUUUGAAUCCUGAGAAGCAGAGGAUGAAGGAUCUCAUAUUGGAUAUGCCUAGGAAGUGGCAAGUGUAUGAUCGUGUUCGUGGGGUGGCUUUGUCUUCAUCCAUGUUCCAAUUUACUUUCAAAUACGAACAUGACCUAGAAGAGGUUAUGCGGAAGCGUGUAUGGACCUUUAACGAAUGGAGCAUCGUUAUCGAUCGAUGGGUGGAGAAUCUUCCUGAGGACUACCUGAAGCAUCUACUCGUCUGGGUUCAGAUUCAGAAUAUUCAUGUGAACCACUAUACAAAGGAGGCUAUAGAAGCUUUUGCUGACAAUUUGGGGAAGGUUAAUGUCGUUGCUUACGACCCAAUUAAGGCUCAGAGUAAUGACUAUGUCAGAUUCCGCAUUUUCUUUGAUGUGGCGAGACCGGUUUGA